AUGUCAUUGAAAGGAAUAGUUGGACAGAAGUUACUUAACGAAGUUAUUCGUCCACUCCGGAAAAGCGAUAAAAAUGGAGGAUGGAAUGUGUUAGUUGUGGAUCGUUUGGCAAUGCGUAUGCUAAGCGCCUGUUGUAAAAUGCAUAAUAUAAUGGAUGAAGGAAUUACAAUUGUAGAAGAUAUCAAUAAACGACGUGAACCACUUGUUGUAGGGAUUAUUUUUUUUAUUAUGAUCUUUUUAUCUCUUUGCGUCUUGUUAUGGGCAUUCUCUUGUUUAGAGUCUCGAUGCAAUAUAUUUGCUUCAUGCCCAGAUCAGUUGUUCUCAUUACUGACAAAGAGCAGUAUUGCACGCUAUGUAAAAACUCUUAAGGAAGUUAAUAUUGCGUUCACACCUUACGAGUCGCAGGUUUAUACUUUGGAUUCUCCUGAGACAUUUUCGUUAUACUACAAUGCCCAGAAACAAGGUGGUUUGACUGCAAAUCUUGAACGUAUUGCUGAGCAGAUUGCAACUGUCUGUGCUACUUUGGGGGAAUAUCCGUCUCUGAGAUACCGUGUCGAUUUUGAAAGAAAUGUUGAAUUAGCGCAUCUUGUUGGAGAAAAGCUUGAAGCAUAUAAAGCUGAUGAUCCUUCUAUGGGUGAAGGUGCGGACAAAGCACGAAGCCAACUAAUUAUAAUUGAUCGAGGAUUUGACGGCAUAACACCACUUUUACAUGAACUCACUUUACAAGCGAUGGCUCAUGACCUCCUUGAUAUUGAAAAUGAUGUUUAUAGGUACGAAACGGGAGGGAAUGACAGCGUUGAAAAGGAGGUUCUUUUGGAUGAAAAUGACGACUUGUGGGUCGAAAACAGGCAUAAGCAUAUUGCUAUUGUUUCACAGGAAGUAACGAAAGGUUUAAAGAAAUUUUCUGAAAAUAAAGCCGGAAUGAGCGCGGAUGCGAAAACAAUUAAAGACCUCUCAAUGAUGAUAAAAAAGAUGCCUCAGUAUCAGAAGGAGUUAAACAAAUUUAGCACGCACUUUCACCUGGCUGAAGAGUGCAUGAAAAAGUAUCAGAGUGGUAUUGACAAGUUGUGUAAAGUGGAGCAGGAUCUUGCAAUGCAAGUGGAUUCGGAGGGCGAGCGUGUAAAAGAUCCUAUGAAACUGAUGGCUCCAUUAUUAAUGCAUUCCUCAGUAGAAAACAGCGACCGGCUUAGAUUGAUACUAUUAUAUAUCAUUUCGAAAAAUGGCAUAACGGAAGAAAAUUUGAACAAGUUAUUGCAGCACGCAAACAUUGAUGCCGAUGAAAAAGAUACCCUAACAAAUGCGUCGUUCCUUGGCUUCAAUGUUACUAUAGAUCAGGGACGAAAACGUACAUGGACACCACAACGUCGUGAACGUGGAAAUGAGCAGGUAUAUCAAUCUUCACGUUGGGUUCCUGUUAUUAAAGACGUCAUGGAAGAUGCCAUCGAUGAUAAAUUGGAUUUGAGACAUUUUCCAUUUCUUUCUGGAAGACAGGCGAAUCCUUCUUAUAGAGCCCCUACUAGUGCCCGAUAUGGACAGUGGCAUAAGGAAAGAGGACACCAAUCUUCAUUUCGGUCAGGCCCUCGUCUAAUUAUUUUUAUAGUUGGCGGGGUUACAUUUUCUGAGAUGCGUGCAGCAUAUGAAGUUACUAAAGACAAGAAGCCGUGGGAAGUUAUCAUCGGUUCUGAUCAAAUAUUAACUCCAACUUCAUUUCUGGAAAACUUGAGGAUCUUAACGAAGGCAGUGGAUGGAUAA